CAUUCGUCCUCCUUUGCCAAACCGUGACAACUAAUAGAAAAGGCUUGAAAUUGAACAAAAGGAAAUGUCACAGAAGUGUCUUGCCUUUAACAUCAUGCAGGGAGGUUUCCAGAAAGAGGAUGCAGAGAAACUGAUCACAGAAGAAAUGGUGAAUCAUAUUGAAAAGGACACAAAGUCCAGCAGCACAAGACUUCUCAGUUUUUUGGCUUUGAUACACUGGUAUGUCCCAGGUUCACACUUGUCGAAGCUUGUCUGUGAGGAAUUCAUAGAUCCAACAAAACAGCCGUCCGAUGAGGACAACCCCAAACUGGAAACAAUAAUGAAGCCUUUCGAGGAUCUCAUAGAUAUUUUCUCAGAAGAACAAGAAGACCGAUGUGUUCGUCUGGCUCAUCGAGUGAUUGCUGAUGCCUGUCUAAAACGGUUCACUGAGCACAAUGUGACAAGAUCUGACAUCGCUCUCGACUUCUUGAACAGCAUGGUGAAAGGAAAGGAGAGCAAUUACGGAGAGAUUUGCAAGAAUAUAUUCAUCACAAGACUUGAGACAGGAAAAAGAAAGGAGCAGUUUUCCAGACUGAUUCUUGACAUCAUGCAUGAAAGUGGAUAUAAUCAUAACCAAUGCAUUGAUUUGUUGGAGAUGGCUGCAAAUUUGUUCUCCACAGACCCUUAUUAUCCCCAAACACUUGCACGUUUUUAUUACAUUAAGGUAAAAGAGGACAACAAAUAUGAAAAGGCAGAAAAAUGGGCAGAAGAGGCCAUUAAACGAAAUCCCAAUAAUUCUCGUAUUAGGGACACAUUGGGGCAAGUCCACAAAAACCACCUGCUGAGUGAAGCUAAAAAUCCAUCCUCAGACUUUAAAAAGUGUUUGGCCAUUGCACAGUCUGCCACUGAUGCAUUUAAAAAAGAAGAGAUAGCAGCUGAAAAUGACCCAGAAGACCGCACCACAUUCAGUUAUAGCGGGCUCUUAGGGUUCCUCCAGGUUUGCAAGAUCAUGAAUGAUACACGGUUUGGAAAAUCAUACGAGCGUCGUAAACACUUAAAUUACAUCAGCGGUCUCAGAGGUGAUGUUGAGUCUAGAUAUGAUUUCUUUGAAUGGUAUCUGGCAUUCUCAAGACCAAGCUUUGAAAAAGAGGACCCAGAGUACAUUCAUAGAGAUGUCGAAAAUUGCUACAAGAAAUAUUUUACACAGACUGCUGAAACAACCCUGAAUGAGAAAAAGAUGAAGUCUUUUGGAGGACUGCUUCAUUUCCUAAAAUCAGACAUCAAUGUGGUUAAAGAACAUCAGCGUGCACUUAAACAUCCACAAUCUGAUAAUGAAACCCAAACCGUUCUCUACAUUCUUGCCAACAUCGUCUUGAGUCAGUCGGGUGAGCAGCGUGAACAAGCAGAAGAGCUUCAGGCCAGGUUACAGAAACUUUGGCUGAGAGAAAUGCAAGACAGAAGCCCAGAGUUUUACCUCUUGAUUCUUUUGCUCUUUUGGCCCGAUGAAGCACAGCCAGGAAUCACAAACCCUCCAAACCUUGAAAACUGUGUCCAAUACAUGGGUCAGUCAUACGAGAGAAAGUAUCAGAAAUACCUCCGCGGCCGCUACCUGGUGCCUCUGUUCUUCUUUGGGAAAGAGAAAGGAUUGCAGAGACUGGUUCAUGAAUUAAAACUAGAUCAAAUUAAUCUGGAGCUCCUCACUGAAGGGGAUGGAAAUGCAGACACUGAAUGUCUUCAGCGUAUCAACGGAGAGGUCAAGAAUCAAGAAGUGUUUGCUGUUAGAGAUGGCCAGCAGAUUCCAGUCACUCCUCACGAUCCGUCCAGUGCGUGCAAACCAGGCCAGGUGUCUUUCUACCUGGGCUUCAAUAUCAGAGGACCAGUUGCCUACAACAUCAGAUAUGAAGAGAACUUGUCUCUGCAGAGAUCUCACGUGAACCGUGUGCUUUAGUGCUCGAGCAGGUCACUGUGGGAUGCAAUGACUCUCCGAAACUCAAAUGUCCUCAGACGGCUGAUCCAGGACAAAUGCUUACAUGUCUUCUUAAUAUCUCUGUUUCUAUGCUCUGAAGAAAGGAAGGGGGGAGACAAGUUGAUGAUAAUUAUUAGUUAUAAAUAGAGUUCAGUCAUGGUACAUUGGUCACUUAUUUUUAGAGGAAUGUAGAGAGAGAUAAAUAAAUAUAAAGAUUUAUGAUUCUGGUGGUGGGUCUGUAAAUUCUAAUUAUUUUCAAGUGUUUUAACAGCUUAAUAUUUAGUAAUCUAGUGAAACAAAAUGCUGUUGGACACUGUUUUUUAUUUAUAUCAUAUACACACGAGAUGCAUUUGUUAUCUGUUGUAUGGACACAUUUAUUCCAGUAGAAGCCAGAGAGCUGAUUAUUAAUUAUGCACAGUGUGCUACUUUGAGAUGUAUCUGUUAUUGUUUGAUGUGUGGCUACAUUUAUUUAAAUAAAAAGCAACAUUACUAUUGCACUUGCUGUCCCUCUGCAUUCAGAAUGUAUCUUUAGCAAAGCAGUAUACAACAAAUCCAAACACAAUUAUGUCUCAUCAUCAUUAGAUUAGUGUUGUUCACAAUCAUAAUCUUGUUCUGUGUUUAGCUGGACUUGCUGAAAUCACAGACCAACGCAAACAUUGUUCACCAUUUAUCUUGUUAGCCUAAUGAUGAUGAAUAAACUGAAAUAAGUAACAAUAAAGAAGAUAAUUAGCACUGAAACAAACACUGCCAGAUUGCCGGGUUAGGCUCAUUUAAUGAGUUAUAUGACGUGAGAGUCUUUAAACACGACCAGCUUGCUCUAUACGUCAAGGACAAUACUAAUGUUCACGUUUAUUAAAGCCACACAGAUAUCUGGAAAUAAGAUUGAAUGCAUCUACAGCUGAAUGCCUGAAGCACAGAUCUUGGCAGAAUUUAACUUGUACAAGUGCUUUGGCAUUUUGACUUUAAGACCACGUUUUUGGCGAGAGGAAACUAAAAUCCUUUCACAUAUUUCAUGUUUACUAUUGUGCUUUAUCUAGAGCUGCUUUACAUCAGAGCUGAAUGCUGUUUGCACCUUUGAGACAUUAUUGUCAUGUGUAACACUGUAAAGCUGCUUUGACACACUCUGUACUGAAUGAAUA